CUGAACCGUUUUAUUGAAAUCCAUUCGAUUCGGAAAAUUUGCGUAAAAAUCUCGAAAAAACACGACUUUUCCAUUGGAAACACAAAAAAAUUCCCAUUAAAUUUUUUAUUUUUCAUCAUUUUCCAAAAAAAUUUCCAUUCAUUCUCCGCAAAAAAAAAUUUUUCGCCGUUUAUCGAAACAAAUCCCUCCGAUAUUCCAAUCAAACUAAAUCCAAAAAGACAAUCAUUUUUGCAUCGUAUUCUGGUGUGUGGUAAGGUGUCUCUGUGCCGAGAGGUAUUCGGCGACACCCUAAACGAGAGCAGAGACCCGGACAGGGAGGGACACGAGAGAUACACCUCACGACUCUACUUGAAACACCAGUGCUUAGAGAAGGCUUGUGACACGAUGGCCGAGAAAGGCUUCAAGCUGGUGGCGACGUGCUGCAGUGGGGCGAAUGGCCUG